GAAAACCUUCUUCCUUAUUUGGCUCCACUGUUUACUCCCUUAUUUAACUUGUUUUACAGCCAUUCAUCCCCCCUCAAACUCUGCCACCUUCCUCUCUUGAAUCGAUCAAAACCCAGUUUUCAUUUCUCUCUUUUCAUCCAGUUAUCAUGGCUGACGAGGUGAAGGAUAAGCAUGAUGAGGAGUUCCUACUGGAAAGUGAUGAAAAUGAGGACGACCUUGAAGGGAGCAAGGCCGGCGACGUCAGCGACGCCAGCAUCAACUACCGUACCGAUGAUGAUGUCGACGGCUCCCGGCGACAUCCUUCUUUCACUUCACAGCAAUGGCCUCAGAGUUUCAAAGAGACAAUGGAUCCUUAUACAAUCACGGCAUCUCCUGGCUUUGGAAUCGUUGGGGGAAUUCAAAAUUUGAGACAUCUUAGUUUUACCAGUCAGAAAAGUAAUUUGGAACUGGAUGGAAGACUUCCUCUUAUGCCCGAGAAUCGAAAGAGUUAUUCCAAGGAAUUUUUGGAGAGCCUCUCAAGAGCACAGUCAGGGUGGUCACAGAGGCCAUCAUUCCCUAAGCAACUUACUGGAGAGUUUCCCAUUUCUUAUGGAUGCAGCGUGACCCAGACCGUAUUUAAUUCCAUAAAUGUAAUGGUUGGAGUUGGGCUUCUCUCCACACCUCAUACAAUAGCAGAUGCAGGCUGGGCAAGCUUGUUGGUUCUAGUCUUUUUUGCUGUUGUAUGUUGUUAUACAGCCACACUCAUGAAAUACUGCUUUGAAAGCAGAGAAGGAAUUAUAUCUUACCCUGAUAUGGGUGAAGCGGCUUUCGGACGAUUCGGACGCCUUUUGGUAUCUAUUGUUCUCUAUACAGAAUUAUAUUCAUAUUGUGUGGAAUUUAUUAUCAUGGAAGGUGACAAUCUUACAAGGCUAUUUCCUGGAGUUUCUUUGGAUUGGCCUUUUCUAAAGUUGGAUUCGACGCAUCUCUUUGGAAUUUUAAUUGCAUUUGUUAUUCUACCGACCGUCUUGUUAAAAGAUAUCCGUUUGAUUUCUUAUCUUUCAGCUGGUGGGGUUGUUGCAACAUUGGUAAUAGGUCUUUGUCUUCUGUAUCUCGGUACACUGGGCGGUGUUGGCUUCCAUCAUACCGGUAAAGUUGUGAAUUGGAGCGGCCUUCCUGUUGUAAUUGGUGUGUAUGGAUUUUGUCAUUCAGGACACUCUGUGUUUCCUAAUAUUUAUCAAUCGAUGGCUGAUAAAUCACAAUUCAAGAAAGCAAUGCAAAUAUGUUUCUUUUUGUGUAUCGUAUUGUACGGAGGUGUUGCAGUCAUGGGUUAUCUCGAGUUUGGUCAAAGCACAUCGUCUCAAAUAACUUUGAAUAUGCCACCAGAUGCUAUUGUUUCUAAAAUCGCGUUGUGGACGACGGUUAUCAACCCACUCACAAAAUAUGCAUUAUUGUUGAUCCCCUUGGCGAGGAGCAUAGAGGAGCUGCUGCCAGAUCAUAUCGUGGAUAGCUUAUGGUGUUUCGUUCUUCUGAGAGCGGCAUUAGUCUUUUCUACCCUUGUCGUUGCAUUUGCCAUGCCUUUCUUCGGUCUUCUGAUGGCUUUAAUUGGUUCUCUUCUAAGCUUCAUGGUGGCUAUAAUAAUGCCAUCACUAUGUUUCAUUAAGAUCGCCGGAAGGAAAGCUUCAAGGAUAGAUAUGGUUUUGAGUGCAACAAUCGUUGUAAUAGCCGCAGUGUGUGCAGUGGUUGGGACGUAUUCAUCAGUGCGUGGGAUUGUGAGUAAUUACUGAUACACAGGGGCAUAGCUUCGUGCUGGUUCUCCACCUGUAGAUUGUCAUAAUGGGGAUGUUGCUGCUGGGAAGAAACGAUGUUUCACUCUCAAACUGCUCUGCCGACAUAUAUAUUCGACUAAGAAUACAGUAUUGCAAGACAUUAAAGAAUAUUUAGUAUUCAGACAUGUUAUCUGUUGGUCAUGUUAUGAUGUGAAUUGCUUUGAUGCCCCCCCA